CUCGCUUCGUAUUCGAUAGAGUGGAUGCCGUCAGGCGUUCCAUUUCUUCAGUGCGCGCGUGCUCUUAGGUGUGCUGUGCUUGGCCCACGCAUACUGCCACCACUGCAGCGACAACCACCACCAUCCAAAGGCCAGCAUCCUUUCAUAAAUCCAACAAGAGAAAAGGCACUCUGAUAAGGCCAGAGUUAGAUAUCACAAGACCGUUUCGGGGUGGCUUAGCGCAUAUCUCGUUCCAUCCGUCCGCAUUGGGUAGCAAACCCUACCAGUUUCCUAGUCUCGCCUACUGCGCCUUGUGCGUCUACUGCUCCUGACUAACUCCGUUCGGAAUAGUAUCUUUCCCACGCCUCCUAGUGACUGUCCGUCCGUCCCCCCCUCGUCCCCCGCGAUGAGGCUGCAGCUCCAGCCGCUGCUGCUGCUGCUCCUCGCUCUAGCUCUCACCCGCCAUAAUUUGCACGCCGAGUGCCAUUCCCUAACCGCCAAUGGCGGCGAAACCAGCGCUGGUGCCACCCAGAGCGAUCAACACGGGGACAGCGUGACCGGUGGUGGCGGCGCCGCUCCCGGCCGCGUGUUGCAGGAUGCGGAGAUGCCGUCCCUUGCGGCGGCGGUCGCUGCGGCGGCGGAGGGGAAGAAUGCUUCCGCCCUCGACCUGCUCUUGCGCCGACAGCUCAAGGCUCGCAAGGAGGACCCCGUUUUAAGCAUGCUCGCUAACGCGUGGCACAACAUGCUGAUCGCGCAGUACUGGGCGCGCAAGACGUCGUGCAGCGCCAAGCUGACCGCCGCGUGCAAGGCGCUGCAGAGCGCGGAGGCGUACCUCAAGGCUAAGAGGGGCGCGGAGGCUACUGCGCAGAUGAAGAACGCCAAGGCCACCUCUAGUGGUUGUGUCAACAGCGUACCCGCCCAGUCGAGCAAGUACAUUCGCCUCGCCAAGGACCAGAUCGGGCAGACGCAAAUUCUCAUGGCGAAAAAAAACCCCUCGGUCAAGAAAGUCAAGAAGCGGAACCCGCAGGUCAAGCGCAACACCGGGCCGGGGUGGCUCGGACACAACGACCUCCCCGGGGGCAUCAUGCAGUGGUUACCGUAUGGUAACCCGAUCGACGACUGCUGGAUGGGUGGUAACUGGAACAAUAACAUCAAGAAGCUCGCGGAUUGCGUAGAGGGGUAUGCGACGGGAACAACUGGUGGAAAGGCGGGGCAGAUUUACCAUGUGACUAGAGCGGAUGAUAACCGCGUGAGCCCGAGUCCCGGCACCCUUCGAUAUGGUAUCACCAGGGCUGAGCCGCUGUGGAUCGUUUUCGACGACGAUUUCACAUUUACCGGUCUGGAUGCGGAAAUGAUUAUUUACAAGGAUAAGACGAUCGACGCACGUGGGAAAAAGAUCGUGGUGGGCAACGGUCCCUGUUUCGCGGUCGAAGAGUCGUCGAACGUGAUUAUUCACGGAAUCUCUUUUGUGAACUGCAAAAACCGGGUUGGCAACAUUAAAAUAGCAACUGGGCCUGGGAAUACCAUCGAUGGUCGCGACUACCUGAACGGAUACGGGGUGUACAUUUACAAAUCCCACCACGUUUGGAUCGACCACUGCUCUUUCAACUACGCGGACGACACCCAUAUUGACAUCAUCGAGGGGAGCACUGCCGUCACUGUAUCGAACUCCUACUUCACCAACCAGGAUAAGGUGAUUCUGAUGGGUCACAACGAUGCCAACUCGAUGGACAAGAGCAUGCGCGUGACCGUCAUGCUCAACAAGUUCGGCCCGAACCUGGACGAGCGCAUGCCACGUGGCAGGUUCGGGAUCUUCCACGUGCUGAACAACUACUACCCGAACGGGUGGGGAAUCUACGCCAUUGGCGGCAGCGCUGACCCCACCUUCCUCAGCGAAGGGAACUACUUCGUUGCUAGUGGUGGAAAUAAGGAGGUGACCAAGCACGACAUUGCUGCAAGCAAGAGCGUCUGGAGCGGGUGGGACUGGCAGUCGGUGGGAGAUUACUUCUCGGGUGGAGCCUUCUUCACAGAAUCCGGAAGUUCCGGGUACAGGCCCACGUAUUCAUACCGUGCCCUGAAUGCUCUGGAGGUUCCUAGAGCAACCAACCGUGCAGGGCCAAUCGGGUUCUGAGCACGACCUGUUACUUGGCGGCUAAGCUUGUCGACUAGAAGAUUAGCUGCAUAUGUAGGAAUGGCACCCACACUUCCUUGCUUUUCUAGGAUUAGACAGUUAGACUGUAAAGGCGCUAUCCAGGAAGUACCAGCUAACAUUUAUUUUCAGAAGUGAUACAUGUCAUAGGAAUUUUAUCCAUACUAAAAUGUUGAAACGUGU